AUGUGCUAUCGGCACAAGAAGCUCGAAGACGCGCUCCGAAACUUUACGCUCGCGAUCGCUGCGACGCCGACCAACCCCGUGCCGUACUUCAACCGCGGCAACAUCUACUUGGCCAUGCACGCGAUUCCUUCAGCACUGACCGAAUAUACGGACGCGCUCCAAGCCAACCCGGAGCAUGUCCCGUCGCUGACCAACGCAGCGCUGGCAUUCCUGCUCCUUCGCAACUUGGACGAUGCUCAUCGAUACCUUCAGACAGCGACAACGCAGCUGCCCAUGGUGACGGACGCGCGCGCGCACGUGCUCGUGUGCUACAACUACGCCAACGUCCUUCGGCAGCUCGACCGUCUUGACGAAGCCAUCGAGUGGUACACCAAGGCCAUGGAGCAGACAACGGCCGAUCUCUGGCUCGUGCACAACCGUGCGACGGCCUUGCAUUCGCAAAUGAAGUACACGUCGGCGUUGCACGACUAUGCCGCGGCCUUGGCGCUGGCUCCGUCGACGCUCGAGACGCGCGUCAACCGCGCUCAGCUGUACAUCGCCAGCUCGCGCUGCUUCCUCGCGUCCCAAGACUUGGCGGUUGCAGUCACCCAUCCUCCAAGCACCGAUACAGCGGCCCUCGUGCAGCGGUUGCAUGGCUUUUGCAAGCGCUGGACCGAAGCCAUGGCGGUCGCACGAGGCGACUUCCUCUACGUGUUUCACGCGUUGCCAUGCUUUACCAUGUUUGCCAUGGACGGCAGCGCAUCGCCGUGGCUGGACCCGUUCUUUUUCCAUUACAACGAUCUCUUGGAUGCGACCCACGCGUCGUUCAAAGCGCUGGAGCGCAUGCUCAGCGAGACCAAGACGGCUGAUUUACCUCGCCUCGUGCACUCUGCGCUGGAGGCGAUGCGGCGCAUGGACUUUGCCAUGGCCCAGCGGCUGCUGUUAAGUGCAACGUACACGUCCAAUCUGUGCUUGGAAGAGAUGCAAGUGUGUCUUCUCUGGCGCGCGCAGCUCGAGUUUGACCGGGGCAACGCCAACGACUGCCUCGAAAUGCUGCAGCAGCUGCUGCUUGCGACCGAGCCGCGCGACGACGCAGACCAUCAUCCACGCAACAAUACCUCCCACGCCCCCGUGCCACUCCACCGCUGGCAAUCAUCCCUGACGUCAACACAAGCGCGCUGCAGCAUCGCCGCCGACAUUUACGCCUACGCUGGCUGCGUGUUUCAGGCGCAAAACAAGUGGAAGCACGCCAAGCAAGCGCUGGAAAAGAGUCUCCGGCUCGUGCCACACAACAUGUUUGCGUUGCUCAAUCGCAUCAAUUUGUACUCGCUGGAAGGCGACCUGUACGCGGCCAUGGAAGCCAUUGCGCGCGCGAUCGAUCUCGUCGCGCGUGGGGUCGCUGUAACCUCGUCCGCCACAACCCCAUCAUCAGGGCACGCCAAGGUGAGCGUCUUGCAUCGGUCCCACGAUGUCCACGCGUCGUUGGCACACACGCAGCUCUUGAAGCCCCCCAUGUGCGCCAGCAUUUGCUCGACACUGUCGAGUCUCCUCGCCGAGUACAAGGCGCUGUUGACGUGGGACGUUGGCAACCAUAUUCCGCAACUCUGUGCGCUCCAAGGCAAGCUUGCGAUUCAAGUCGAGGCGCUCCGGGACCUCGUGGCCAAGCAGCGCGAGCCCGAGACGGGCAACAAUACCGUCCAGCUCGAUAGCCUUCAUCACAUUCUUGAUCAGUGCGCGCUCGAGACAAGCCGCCAGCCCCCGCUCGAGACGUCGGCGUGGCGGCAGCUCGUUCAGCCCACCAAGCCACUGCGCCGCGGCUCAUUGCUACAUGCCAACGUCGACGUGCCGUCCACGCCUGCGUUUCAAGACGAGUACAACCGCGUGUGCGGUCUGAUUGAGCCGACGCUGGCGACCGAUCAUGCCGAGAUGUAGCCAGUUGAUUCAUUGAUACAAGAAAAAGUUUAUUGCUCGUGAUCGA